AUGGCUUUAUCUCUCCGUUCAUUUGCAGCUGCCCUUCUCUUUGUGAUGCUGUUCAUGGCCACUGAGCUGGGAAGAAACACAAUAAUGGUGACGGAGGCGAGGAAGUGCGCGACGCCGAGCGGGAAGUUCAAGGGGCAGUGUUUCCGGCAAGCUAACUGCGCAACGAUUUGCCAGUCGGAGGGGUAUCCCGAAGGCGACUGCAAAGGGACGUUUAAUCGCCGCUGCUACUGCAUUAAGCCUUGCUAGCUAAAUAAAUGUUACAAAUCCAACCAUGGAUAGAUCAGUCUUCUCUUUGCUCUUCGGCAAAGCUAGAAUUCAAAUUCAAUUGCGUUAAUAUACUAAAAUAUGAAUGUAAUAAGUUAUAUUUAUAAAUAAAUGUUUUAUCAAUACUUUGAAACA